AGGAGGGAGUGGGAGUCACAACUGGGCUCUGGAGAGUCGAGGGCGUACUGGAGACCCUCGGUGACAAUAAGUUCUUCUUGUGGUGGUAGAAACAUUAACAGUGUGUACGGGAAUCGUAUGUAUAAAGGUGGAGAGAUAGACCAUAGGCUGCUUUCCUGAGCACAGUUCUCAGGGAGAAAGCUUUUGAUAAAACAAAUCUGGAUCUAAGAUCAGUAAAAGGUGAGAAUUCAGUGAUGAUUACCAAAGAGAGGUGGGCAGUGCCAGUCACAGCAGUGCCAUUCACAGCAGUGCCAGUCACAGCUACGCCAAAGAAGCUUCAGGAUUCAGCACAGACGUCACCAGCCAUGGCAUUUACACGAAGACGAGAACAAACCUUCGCUCACACAAAGACAACAGCGGCCAUCUUGAUUCUUCUCUUCCUGCUCCCUGCACCAGCACUGUGUCAGAAUUGCACUAAUCACUGUGAAGUCACUGGAGGAGCUAAGCUUAGUGGCCUUUCUGGAAUCUUGAUUUUGCAAGCGAACGUAGAUGAGAAAACAGACGAGGGUACAGACCUUUACAUCUUGAACUGCAGCAACACGGGGCCUUUCACUGGUCCUGAUGAGGAAGAGUUCCUACACUAUUUUUCAGUAGAUAAUUCUCAGUCAUCAGAACUGAGAGUGUCAGUCUCAACAUCUUUAAAUGGCGUUCCCGACUUUCCCAACAACACAGAGCAGAUUCUGGGCAUGGUAAAAUUUUCUCUGCUGGAUAACGUCACGAAUUGCCAAGUUCAACUGGAACACAACAUCGUAGACGAGAACACGCAGAACCCGGAAAUAAACCAAACUAAUUACGAGGUCCAGAUUCGUGAAGACUUUCCAGCAGAUCUUAGCCUCUACUACUUGACGGUCUUGGUGAGUGAUAAUGACGCCACAAGUCCCAACAAUGAAUUCAGUCUGGAGGUGCAAGACUGUCCUUUGGAGACCUCGGAGGCGGAGUACGGGGGCCCAGGCACCAUCAACGAAGUCCAGUUCCAGCUCACUUCGAAGCUUGACUACGAAAAACAGAAGAGUUACACCUGUACCAUCACUGCCAAAGACAAGGGCAGCCCAGUCUUGUCAUCACAGCCAUCCAGCAUCACCAUAACAGUUCAAGAUAUGCCUGACGAGCCACCUAUCUUCACCUACAACUAUUAUUACAUUGAAAUCACCUCCACUUUGCCCUCAGAUGAACCGCUGGAGAUACAGCCGGGUGCUGUGUAUGCUACAGACGGCGAUACGGAGAUAAAGUCUCCCAUCACAUACUCCAUGAUAGACGCUGAUCCUGAAGGUGUGGGGAUGAACUAUUUCAAAAUCGAUAGUAGCACAGGGAACGUCACUCUCACAAGAGAACUGGACGAAGAAAUUCUCAUAAACCUGUCGAUCGACUUCUUCAUUACGGCAAGAGAUGAGACUCUGGAAGUUAGUACCAGUGUUCUGAGGGUAAUGCUACCCCCGCUGCCCACCACCACCUACUCCACAACUGAAGUUACCUGCCCAGAGUGUACCUGCCCCACCAUAACAACAGAAGGCACGUGUACCCCAUGCCCUACUGACCCAUGUGUGUAUCCCACGACGGUGCCCACUGAGGCCACCACCUGUGAACCAUGCCCUACCACUGAAACCACCACCUCUCAGCCAUGCCCUACCACUGAAAUCAUCACCUGUGAACCAUGCCCUACCACUGAAACCACCACCUCUCAACCAUGCAUUACCACUGAAAUCACCACCUGUCAACCAUGCCCUACCACUGAGGUCACCACCUGUGCACCAUGCCCCACUACAGAACCAGCUGUCACCUCCGAGUGUCCCACCUGUACCACCCUUUCCACCUGGUUAACCACUGUGUACACCUGCCCACCUUGCUCCACCACUGCAGGUUCUGCAACUACUUCACCUUGCCCCGUAUGCUCUACAACUGAGACCAUUCCAUGCCCGACCGACGCUGCUACAACCUGCCCUGUAUGCCCCACAGAUGAAAUAACUACCACAGUCUACCCCACUGAAGCUACCACAGCCUGUCCCGUAUGCCCCACAGAUGCAGCAACAACAACAGCAUGCCCCUCUGUACCUACAACAACCAGCACUACCGGGACAACAACCGGUGGCCUUGUAAAGCCCAGUUUAACCUUCAAGAAACAGUCUUACGCUGGCGAGAUUUAUGCAGAAUUUCAAGACGUCUUUCAAGUCAGCGUUGAAGUACAGGGAGCCGACAUCAACGACGUUACAUUUUCAUUCGCUAAGCCAGACGGUAACUUCGGUAUAGACCCCAAGAGCGGAGAAAUCACCGUUCUCAACGGAGACGUUGCCUCUGGUUCCUACACCCUCACAGCGGUGGCUGUCGUCGAGAACACUUCUCUCAGGGACGAAGCAAAGGUGUAUAUAAAGGUGCUGCAUCCCUCAACAACAACUGUUACAAUGAUCAACAGUCUCCUGAAGGAGACAUUGCAGGAGGACAGUCAGGAGUCGCUAAUUAGGGAAAUCAAAACAGAAGGGGAUACUGGCCCUGUCUGCAUCAUCAGCGUGGAGCCUGACGCUGCUGUAGGUAAGUUCGACGUGGUCCAGCAAGAGGGCGGUUCCUGGGUGCUGAGGAAAAUAGAAGCCCUGGACUACGAGACUACUCAAGAGAUCAAACUCAAACUUCAGGUUUACGAGACAGGAGCGACGUGCCUCGGAAUCACAUCUACGAGUGACGACUUACUCAGGAGCCAGGCCUUGGUCAUCAUCACAGUGACGGACAUCAAUGACCAGCAGCCAGAGUUCCAGGUGCCACACGCACCAAACACGAUCAUUGCCUACCCCCAGGACAAGGCUCUGCAGAACGUCGUAGGACCUGUCAUUACACUUCAGGCAAGCGACAAUGACACGGUGGGGGACCUAUCAUACGGGCUGUCGAACUCCAGCUCCGGGGCCCCGUUUACGGUGGAAAGCAACACGGGAGCCGUGUUCGUGGAGAAUGAGUUUGUGUGUAGCAAGGAGUGUUCUCUGGAGGUUAAGGUAUCAGACGGCGCGACAGAAGACUCUCACGCCAGUAUAAAGGUGGUGCCACUGGACAUGGAUCACAUAUCAACCAUUGUGUUGCAGAACACAGAUGUAUCACAAGUGGAUGAUUAUCUGCAAACUCUCUCAGACAAAUCUGGUGUUCAAGUUUCUAAUCUCUAUGUGAGUCCCAUUAUCGAGGACUCAUCUGUCCAAAACAGUCCCUCCACCUUGUUACUGUACUCAAGGAUCAGGCAAGGUCGAGGUUGGAGCGUGACCUCUAACAGCCUUCAGGUUCACGUGUACAGUAUUGACUCAGACGGCAAUUUGAUGAGUGUUGAAGAUCUUAAUAAAGCACUUUCCGAUGGCAAAACGAACGUAGUGGCGCAGGAGUUUACGGAUAAGGCAUUGUUCCAAUGUGUUGAUGAUACUAAUGAAACAUCCAACACUGGUCUGAAGGUUGCUGUUGGAAUCCUGGGAGCUCUGCUAGGCCUCAUCUUACUCGCUGCUCUUGCCUUCUUGGUUUAUAAGAAGAGAAGAGAUGGCAGAGCGAAGCCCAUAGCUUCCACCCCGAUCAACACACUUGGACGUGCCUACCCUAACCUCUCCUACAGUGAGGAACAUGAAGGGAAGCGAGAGUCUCUGAGGUCCCGGGACCACAAGACCAAUGGUACCUUGAACAGUCUCAGUAACGGCCGCAGCACCUCCAGCAGGGAUUCACCUCCUCUCUUCCUCAGUACUCUCUCUUCGCAGAAAUCGGAAUCACCGAAGAGUGAGCACCAGUAUAGAGGUCUGAGACGUGUGGAUGCUGGCUCUCCCGAGUACUACGGCAUCUCUUCACCGGCUCCUCCACCAUCCUUCACCAAAAUCACCAGUUUCUCCUCUACAGACCCCAACGACUACAACACCACCACUACCACUCCUCUCUACACAGUUGCUUCCACCUCCAAUGCCUCUAUGCCUGACUCUACAAGCAUAUACCCGGCUCUAGACACUAUCCCGGAGUCGCCUACUCACAUAUAUGCGGAGAUCAACAAACCAGCAAAGAAUGAGCCAGCAGACAUCAGCCCACCCCCGGCCAAGUCAAUCCUUAAACACAAAAGUGAAUCGUCUCUAGACACGUCAGUGAUACCAGCUGUCUCAGGCACUGACGAGGCUAAGCCACAAGAGCCAGAUGCAGACUAUGACGAGACAGAAGAGCCCUCAUCGUCCAGUUUCUUGGCACUGAAAGGCUCCCCUCCACCUCGUAAACAUUCUACAGCAAGUGCCAAUGGUGAUGACGAUGACUCUGUCAGUGAUCACGACGGGAUUACUUAUCCUGGUGGGAAGAAGAGUAACCUCAAGCAGCAUGAUGGGGAUGCAGGAAGCGACUACGAGAAGAAAUCCGUAGCAUUCAAGGUGUUAGUGGACACUAAGGAGAUAGAGGCGGAAAACCUAAGCCCGGCUAGUAAAAUAGCAGCCGUAAAGUCCGACGCUCUCUUACUGAUGGAAGCCAAUAAGAAGAAACUAGAGGAAGAAAAUGAUGAUAAUGAUGAUAUUGAUGGUAAUGAUGCUGAUAAUGAUGCUUCUGAGGAAGAUGAGAAACUGUAAUGAAUCUAAAAAUACUAAUUUAGAAGAAAAAAAGGUCUUAGAAGUCUAUUAAGGUCGACCAUCUACAGAUAAACCAACUUAUUCCAUAUUUUGAAUUAAAACCAAACGCUAGAGUGUAAUAAACCCUGGUUAAACGAAUCCUCCUCCAACUGAGGCCCUCUUCAGCAGACUACUAAAGAAAGUCUUAUGGCUGUAAAAAAAAAUAUCUUGAGCCAAUGUAAUUUAGUUAUAAUUAAGGAUUAAUAUUACAUUUGUGAACACAAUAAAUUACUUAUAGUAAUAAACAUGGGGAAUCAGAGGAUAAUAUAUACACGAAAAAUUUAAUAUGAGUUGACAUGUAUUGAUGUUGAACUGACAUGUAGAAAUGAUAGGAAGAUAUAGACGUUAUAGAUAGUUCAAUAUUUUUUGUAGUAGUCGUGGAAGCCAUCAGACAUUAUACACGAUGGCUACAAUGUCUUGUUUGACCUUUUAAGUAAGACGGCGUUAUUUUUUUCGGAUCCUGCAUCCUGCCUUGCGAGUUGAAUCCCUGUCAACUUAUGUGUGACCACUUGUCAGUGUUGGGUCGAUUUUCACGUGGUUUCACACAACGUUUCGCUCGGAGAUCUAUGUAUGUUUUUCAAGUCCAGAGAAUAAUGGAAAGUACAUAAUUUUACAUAAAAUAAAAAUAUAUUAAUUUCUUAAUAUAUGUAUAUAAGAAAAUGCCAUAA